UGUCAAAGGGCUAGGGUUGAACCUAUUUGCUUCAAUUAAAGUUUCAUUUCUGUUGUAUUCUGAAGAACAAAAUCUCAAUAUUCCUCUCUUCCCUGAUCUGAGGUGAGAAAAGCAGCUGAUUGAAGACAUUCAAGAGUCAUUUUCUAGGUUUAAUUCUCUAGAUGACUUACUCUUCUUUGAUCAUUUGCUUAAGACUUGAAAACAAAGGCAGCUAAAGAUUCAUGAUGGGAAUUAGUAGUGAUAGCUUUGAACAUUCCGAGACCAGCCACAACAACAACGAAGAUGAAAAAGAAGAGGUUAACAAGGUUAAUGGAGAGAGCUCUAGCAAUAGCUCAGUUGAAGAAAAUGAAAACAAGUCUGCUUCUGGAUCUGUAAGGCGGUAUAAUCGUUCCAAGACACCGAGACUCAGGUGGACACCGGAUCUUCAUCUUUGCUUUGUUCAUGCAGUUGAAAGGCUAGGAGGACAGGAUAGAGCAACACCCAAGUUGGUUCUUCAAUUGAUGAACAUCAAAGGCCUUAGCAUAGCUCAUGUGAAGAGUCAUCUACAGAUGUAUAGAAGCAAGAAAAUUGAUGACUCCAAUCAAGACCAAGGGCUUAUGUUUGAAGGUGGAGAUCACCAUAUAUACAAACUUAGCCAGCUUCCCAUGCUUCACAGUUUUAUUAAUCAAAGGCCUUCUUCAAGUUUUCGGUAUGGCUCUCACAGUGCAUUGGAUAUAGCAAGAAAAGGGCUUUAUAGUUCAGUUUCAGAGAGAAUAUUUGGAAGCUAUAACAACAAUUCACUUAGCUUUAGUUCUCAAAUGGCUGAUUGUGGGGAAGCUGCUGCUUCAGGAAGACCUCACCAAACUUUUCAUGGAUCCUGGCAAACACAAACAAGACCAAGCUGCAGAUCAAUGGGUUCCACUUUCACAACCCAAUUUCAAGAGAGAGGAACCGAUCAACUUAAAUGUUUGAGCAGCAUUGGUAAUUCACCACAAAAAAAUAGUUGGAAAAUGAGUCAAGACGCCCAACUAGACAGGCUGAAGAGGAAGACAUUGGACGCGAAUCAAGACUUGGAUUUGAAUUUAUCCCUGAAAAUAACAACCCCAAAAAAUGAUGAAUUUGAAAAGGGUACUUUGGAUUUGGAAGGGGGAUUUGAUAGCAGUUUGUCUCUUUCUCUGGCUUCAUCUUCAUCAUCAUCUUCAAAACUUAGAAAACAUGCAAGGACCAUGGCAAGUACCCUAGAUCUGACUUUAUGAAUGAGACAAAUAUUCUGAGUGAGAUCUUGAAGUACUUGUCCAAAUGUGAGCAGCCAUGCUCAUAAUCAAUGUGAAUCAUUGUCAAAAACUAGAACACAAGGUACAUUAUCAAUCAACC